CAUCUGGUGUCAAAUCUGAUAUGUUUCUAGCAUGAUUCUAUAAAAACUCCCUCCAUCCCAAUCUUUUUCUUUGGUUUCUAUUUGGCACAAAUACCAAGUGAGAUAAGGAAAGGUCUAAAAUACUCCCCACCCUGAAUUGUAAAAAGUGAAGUGUUGAAAAAUUGAUGAAAUUAAAGCCAUCUUUGCACUAAAAAAAUUAAAGCCAUCUUCAUCCAUUGAGAUGGAUCUCACUGCGAAUGGAUUUCUCUCUUCAUCGGUCAAAUUUCACUGCGAAUUUGGUUAGAUCUAUUUCUUCUUCACCUUUCUUCAUCGUUGUCGCCGAUGCCUUCUUCCUUUAUAUCUCCAUUGUCCUACUCCUCACUUCUCCAUCUUCAUUGAUGCUGCCGCCAUUGCCUUUUUGUCGACUUCUUUGUCUUGACGUCUGGUAAGAUCGUUGGACUUGUAUCACGUUGCUGCCACCGCCAUCACCCGGCAAAAUCUGAUUAUAUCUCUUUAGAUCUUGUUGGAUUGAAGUGUCUAGUUAGAUUUCUUUGAUGAUGAAACAAGACAACAGGUUGGCCAUAAAAUUCGUUUUUAAGAUAUUGAAAGAUAUCCUGAGUAAUCGGUAAACUAUCCCCAACGAGGGGAAAUGAGUUCCUCGGCUUCCUCGCCGCACCGUUCUCGCAGCGGCGGCGGCGGCGAAAGACCCAGGUUCUUCGAUGCAAUGGCCAAGAAUCUCUGCUGGGCAAAGGCUGAUAUUGUGCCCGGCCGUCAUCCAGAGAGGUGGCGCAAAGACGCCGCCGGAAACAUUGUUUGCAAGCGCUUCUGUAACUGUCAAGGCUGCCUCUGCUUUGAGUAUGAUCACAUAGUUCCCUUUUCCAAAGGUGGUGAAUCCACAUGGGAUAAUUGCCAGAUACUACAAACUAGAGUGAAUAGGUUCAAGUCAGACAAGGAUCAAGUUGAUCCAGCUCAGUUGAAGGGCUACUCUUGUGACAUUAAUUUUACCGAUAAGGAGCUGGAUAUAAUAGAGAUGGCUGUUUAUGGGGACGUGAUUAGGCCAGGAAAAGAGUGCCGUUGCCGAACGGUUGCUGAAAUGCUUGGCUCAUACAAAUCUAAAGACAAAUUAGCUGCGUGUAAGCUUCCCCAGACAGGUGAAUGAAUCCACUUCCAGAAAAUUGCAUCUUCAAUCGAAACCAUAUGACACUCUUGCAAAUUACAUUCUUUGGUUCUCAAUCUGCCUUCUUGUGUCUUGAGGUGAGUUCAGAAUACCAUUAUUUGUACACACUAUAAUACUUCCUCUCUCUUUAGAAAAUGCAAUGAAUGAUGGUUUAACACUAUAUAUUCACUCACGUUUCAUUAUGUGGUGAUUUAUACAUAAAAGAAAAAUCUUUAUGUGGG